GCUAUAAACGUUUAAUGUUUGUAACAGUUUAGUUAUCUGUAACAGUGUCUGCGAAAUAUUCCCAGACUAAAACACAUGGCAAGCAAGCGUGAGGAAACGGCGAAUGGGAACUAUUUGAGCCCGACGGAGGCCUUAGCUCAGUACUUUAAGGAACUCUUAGAUCAAUACGGUCUUCCGUUUGGACAGAGUUGCGUCCUUUUACUAUACGGACUGUACAAACGGGUGACAGUGCUAAAUGUGGUAGUGUUUUUUCUUAAGUACGUGCCGACGGGGAUGUACAUGUACAAACUCCUAAAAAGCGUUUACCAGUCGUCGCGGGAGCGUAUCUAUCAGAAACAAAUACAACUGGAGGAUAUACAACUGCAGAUCCAAAUAGUGAAUACGAAGCUGUUCGUGCGCGACGCGGAGUUCAGCGAGCGCGCGGAGCAGCUGCGGCGCAACGCCGAGCGGCUGCGCGCCGUGCGCGCGCGCGUGCGCGACAUGAUCAACGCCGACGAGCAGCUGCGCCGCGCACUCGAGUCCGCCGCGCCCUGGGGCGACGAGCCCGAGCUGCAUCUGCACUCCACUCCCGAGGAAGAGCGCGAAUUUAUUAUCACUCUCAUAAAGGAGAUGAAGUCGGAGCAAGUCUUGAUGCCGGAGAGGACUGCGGACAAGAUGGACUGCGGCGAGCACGCGCAACCGGAACCGAGCACGCCGGAUAGCGUGUACUCGUCCCUGAGCGAUUCGGAUAAUGCCGGCAAGGAUUGUCGUGUAAAAAUCAUCAAAGUUACGAACGUGUAUAAAGUUGCAUAUCUAAAGCACUACAUCAAACAAAAGAGACUGAGAAGAGCGACGCAACAGGCGCUGUUAAAAAAAAAGAUCGAAAAUAUCAAGAAGCUCCUGGAAGGUUGGCAGAAGUCGUUGAAUGCGGUUAUCAACAGCAAACUUUUGUUAGACUCGACACCGCUGGAUAUGGCGUCGCAAGAAGCCAUGGGAGAUUAUUCCAAACCUAAUCUGCCGUCCUCGGAAUCCGAAAGUGACCUGAAGACCGGAGGCAGGACUGCGGAUGGGUACUACGAUGACUACGCUGUCAAUUGGACGCAGAGCUCAUACAGAAAUUACCCGUACGGUUAUGAGGAUAUGACAGAUUCUCCGCCGGUGUGCAAAGAUUUGUAUGAAGCCCCAGAAGUCAGUGAUGUGAACAGCAAAUUCGUGGCACACUCGUCACCGCGUGAUGAGUGUGACCGUGAGCGACCGCGAAACAUUCUCUUCGUUCUCCCAGAGGAGACUAGCAGUCAAGUCGCCAUCGAGGAGUUCAAGGACGACGUCGAAAAGGAAUCAGACUUGGAGAACCGGGAAGGCGAAACGUCGUUAUAAAUGUUUUAUAGAUUUUACUUUUGUUAUAUUUUUAAUUACUCUAUAAAUACAAAUAUUCCCUGCAUUUCAAGAUAUCCGAUAGCUUUAU